CCCCUCCCGCUCGUCGCUCGCCAACGCCUGGUCCAUGCCCUCCAUUCUCAACCUCAAGUUCAAAGGGAACAAGUCCUUCGUGCCGUUCAGUAACCUCAGCGAUGCUGAUACUCUGACGAAGACAUGGAAGGUCUGUACCAAGGUCGCCAGCUUCCUGGAACAAGGACAGCGACUCGAGAACUUGAGCUGGAGGCUAUGGCACCUUCAGAACGUUAUGGUCGACACCGACAACGCCAAGUCCAAACGCGAUUUUAAGAAGUUGUCCAAGUGCAUGAGUGACAAGCUGGAUAAGGAGAAGGGCAGGAGCAUCGAGGAGUUGCAAGCGCCCGGCUUCAGACGCAACCACUCCACCGACCUUCUGCAACAACGCGCACUCGAGAAGGAGCGUGAACGCGAAGCCAACCAGAACAGCCACACAAUCCACCGCAUGCAGUUCACCUUCAGCGUCGACCAGCCCUCUGGUAUCUCGUCUAUUCCCGCCAAGAAGCCCGACACCAAGCCGUCCGCCGAAUUCAAGGAUCACAAGCGUGGUCGCCCCGCCACCCGCUCAUCCGCCACCGAUGAUAUGGGCUCGAAGGGCGACAACGUCGAGAAAGAUCAACCCCUGACGCAGCGCGGCCGCAAGGCCCCCACAACAAACGGCGACAACGGUAAAGAAGACAUGUAUCGCGUCGCUGCUCUUCGCUUCCCCUCCCUCUUCUCCGAUGGCUUCGGCCCCUCGGCCCUCCUCUACCCUACCCCUACCGUGUCGAACGCCAUGACUUACGGUGAGGGCGUCGGCCUCAGUUCGAGUGCAGCGUCGGACGGGUUUAGCAUCCCUCGUCCUACCAUAGAGCUCCCCCUCGACGAGCUCCUCAACGCCGACAGCCCUGGCGGCUGGUCCUCGGGUGGGUACCAUCAUCACGACUCCCGGACUGCGGAUCGCCUCGACUCUCAGGAAGACGUCGAGAUGAAGGUCACGACGACGGACGUAUCCUACCAGUCCCACGCCGCUCGGGCUGAGCCUGCCAACGAAGAUGACGGUAUGCUGAAGUCGAACGGCGCCCUCCGCCACGUUCCUCACCUCAGUCACAUCGAAGACGUCGUGCCUCGCACGAUCACCCCCUCGCGCAUCGGCCCCAGCUCCGGCCCUGGUGCCAACAGCAAUACGACGACAACGACGACCAGCAAGCGGCCGUCGUUGAGUGUCCGCACGCAGGUUAGCACCCGCUCGAAUGGUCCGAGCGCCACACCUGUCAACUCCUCGCAGCAAAACAGCAACAGCAAUUCCGCGCCCGGCGGCGUUAAGGCCGAGUGCUCAAACUGUGGCGCUACGCACACUCCGCUGUGGCGCCGCGGUCUCAACGACGAGCUAAACUGCAACGCCUGUGGGCUUUACUGCAAGCUCCACAAGCGUCCGCGCCCCAAAAGCAUGCGGAAUAACCAUGGGGAAGGCCGCGCUCAAGCGGCGCCUCGCCAGGAGUCACAAGAAGUCGUUGCGCAAUGCUAUAAUUGCCACACCACGGCCACCCCGCUCUGGCGGAAGGAUGAUGAGGGCAAGACCGUAUGUAACGCUUGCGGCUUAUACUAUAAGUUGCAUGGCUCGGCGCGCCCGAUCUCCAUGAAGUCGGACGUCAUCCGCAAACGUGCCCGUCACGACGCUCGCCGCGCAGGGAACAGCGUGUCGGAGACGCCCUCCGCCAGCCCGGGCGCGAGCAGACGCGCCUCGCCUAACGCGGAGUCGACGCCGACGCUUGCGCCAGACUCCAGCACUGCGACGCAGAAUGGGUAUGGGAACGACGGUCACCACAACGGCCACAGCGGGAGCAAUACAGAGUAUCGCCCCUCGCUCCAGUCCGAGCUCAUGGGCGCUCUCGGGUCGAACGAUAACGGCAUGCAGUACAACAGUCAGAUGUUCGGUGGUUCGAGCGUCACGUUCUACCCUGGCCCGUAUCACCCCGACUACCUGUCGCAGAUGUACCCCAUCCCUUCGGACACUCUGCCAUACUCCCCCGACGACAGCUCGGACGACUCCGGCUCAGGCUCUGAGUCGCGGUCGAUCAAGCGCCGCCGCCUCAGCGACUCGUCAGCAUCGGAGCCGCCUUCCUCAGCCGUGUCAUACGGCUCCUACAGCGACUCGUUCUCGAGCUCCUCGUCGGCGUCGCAGCAGUCCGUCGACUUCCCAUUCACUCCCUAUACGUCGUUCUCGAACAUGCUCCGCGGCUCCGGCAACACGCCGUGGCAUCCGCCGAUGCUUCCUCCGGACAGCUCGCCCCACUUCAUCCAUCCGCCCAUGCUGCCGCCUUCGGAGGACUCGCCCAUGUACUUCCACCCGCAGGGGAUGCAGAACGACGACACCGACGCGCUCUUCGCCGCCUACCUCCACCCACCCAUGGUGCCGCAGGACGACUCGCCGCCGAUGAGCUCCCUCCAGCUCCAUCCUCCGAUGAUGCCGAACGAGUGGAAGGCUCCGGGGCAGACCGACAUGUACGACAACAACGCCAUGGUGACCUUCUGACGACCUACACGAGCGCCCACGACCUCCACGCCUUUCCUCAUCCUCAUCCCAUACCGGUCGACCCCCCAUCUCUCCUGAACACGGACAGAACGGACGAUCCGCGCUGUAGCAUUCUAUUCCUCUCUCCCUCGAUGACUCCGUUAUGGGCGUUAUGCGUAAUAUGGCUGUGGUUUCUUCUCCUUCUCCCUGUUUUCUUUCCCCUCGUCUUGGAUGUCCACAUCGACAUCUUCAUCGUGAUGUUUUCCUUCUCGCCUCCGCCGAAGUUUCUCCCGCGUAGAUCGUCAUUCUGUCAUGCUGCAUUCCCGGUCCGUUGCAUAGCUCGUGCUGCAUCGUCAUCAUCUCCAGCAUUGUCCUCUUCAUCGUCUCCUCGCUCCCCAUCAUCACGCUGUACAGCUCGCCGUUCUCGCUCGCCGCACCACUAUAUCCAUACUUUCCCGCCCUCUCUUCCUCCCUGUCACAUCUCCGUUCCCCAUCUCCUAAAAUUAUUCGCAAACCGUGUACGACGAGUAGUAGUAGCAACGCGAAGGGCUUCGCACUUUAAGCCCCCAAUUGUCAAAUACUAGAUAUUUAUCCUCUCCGCCUUCAUCUUGCCUCCCCCUUUUGAGCUUCGCUUCGCCAUCAACACCUGUAUACCCCAUCUCCCCUUUUGCCGUUCUUGCAC